CGUGCCCGGGCAAGGUUGUCGCUGUGCGCCGUCCGCGCCGUCUGCGCCGAGCCCCGCGGGCCUGUACCCGUGCCGAGCGUCGCGAGAGGAUUACCCAGGAUGUGCCGACUGGCCGGAGUGGUGUGACACCGUGACACUGUGUGACACGCUGUCUGCAGUGUCGUGUCUAGUGCGAGUGCAGUGCGCCAGCAGUGUGCAGUGAGUCUCGGCGGCGUUCUACAGUGGUGUGAGAAGCCGGCCCGAGAAUGUGGAGUGCCCGCCGGUGCGCCGCGGCGCUGGCGUGCUGCGUGCUGCUGCUGCACGGCUGCGGGGGCUUCAACCUGGAGACGCGGCUGCCCAUCAUCAAGACGGGCAACAAGGGCGCGUACUUUGGAUACUCCGUCGCGCAGCACCAGAGCCUCAACCCCAACCACGGCGUCGAGAACAACUGGAUGCUGGUCGGCGCCCCCGUCGACAACAACCUCCAGCCGGGGACGAACCGGUCGGGCGCGCUGCACCGCUGCCCCGUCUCCACGUACCAGGACGACUGCGAGCAGGUCAUCACGGACGGCAGGAGAAAACCGGGGAUCCCAGACAUCUCGACAAUUGAUGAUGCAGGUCAGCUUAUGGCGCCGCUGAAAGAAGAGGUGAAAAACGGCCAGUGGCUUGGGGUCACAGUUCGCAGUCAAGGAGCUGGAGGAACAGUGCUGGUGUGUGCGCACCGUUAUGCAAAGACCGGUUUGGACUUUGUCUGGGGCUUUGGUCUUUGCUAUACAUUCAAUCAAACGUUGCACUACGACAACACAUGGGAGUUUUGCAAAGGAAGACCAACUGACAGAGGACAUGAACAGUAUGGAUUUUGUCAAGCUGGCACUAGUGGUAUUAUUCUGGAUGACGAUUCAUUGGUUGUAGGCUCUCCUGGUGCUUACACAUGGAGAGGAACUACAUUUGCCACAAGCAUCUCCUCAGAUUUUCUUGCUAGAGAUAAAACUGUUUAUUUCAGUCCAGUUUUAGACCAUGAGGCAACAGUUGAAAAAUACAGCUAUCUAGGAAUGUCUGUGACAGGAGGUCAUUUUUUUGGGAAGCACAUGUCCUAUGUAACGGGAGCUCCUCGUUCCAAUGGAACGGGCCAAGUUGUAAUUUUUAGAAAAAAUGGAAAAAGUUCCACCAUGAAAACGGAAGCAACUUUGCAAGGAGAACAAUUUGCCAGUAGUUUUGGGUAUGAAGUCAUUGCAGCUGAUCUCAAUGGAGACAAGCUUCCAGAUUUGAUCGUUGGAGCUCCAUUCUACUUUGAUAAAGAGGCCGGUGGUGCUGUAUACAUUUUUAUGAAUAGUAUAGAGAAAUGCAGACUAAGCUGCACAAAACCAAUCAAACUUACUGGAAAACCUGAAUCAAGAUUUGGCUUUGCUAUUGCAAAUGUGAGUGAUCUCAACAACGAUGGAUUUGAUGAUCUAGCUAUUGGUGCUCCCUACGAGGGACGGGGUGCUAUUUAUAUUUAUCUCGGCUCAAAGAAUGGUCUCAUUUUAGAGCCUGCUCAGAUAAUCCGUGCUGAAAAUUUAUCUGCCGAUAUUUCAACACUUGGUUACUCCCUAAGUGGUGGAUUAGACCUUGAUGAAAAUGGUUAUCCAGAUUUGCUGGCUGGAGCAUAUGAGAGUGAUUCUGUGGUACUGUUGCGAUCAAGACCCAUUGUAGGAAUUCGUACGAAUGUCCACCCUGAAAGAAACCUUGUGAACAUUGAUCCAAAUGGACAGGGAUGUGAGAGAGAUCGUGAAUACAAGCACACAUGUUUUUCUUUCCAAACUUGCUGCACCAUUGAGGCUGUUAAACAUGGUCAAAGGCAUGGAGAGAGUGGUAAAAGUGUCCGAGUUAAGUAUCGCAUUGAUGCUGAAACAUUUGCAGGAAAUAAUAGAAAGUUUUCACGAGUAUGGUUUGGGCCUGAUAAUACAACUAGACCAUCUUAUGUGGAAAGAGUGAUUCAGCCAGAGAUGAGCUCAACUGGAUCUCUCAACCAUUGUGAAGAACAUAUUGUCUAUGUCAAGGAAAACACACCUGAUAUACAGUCAGCAAUAAAGUUCAAGCUGAGCUACUCUUUAAUUCAGGACAAGCCUCGAGUACCGAGACCUGGUGAACCAGUGCCAUCAUUAAGUGAUUACCCUAUCCUGAACCAGCAAGAGGCAGCAAAAACCUUUACUGCCACCUUCCAGAAGGACUGUGGAAACAAUGAUAUCUGUGAAAGUGACCUGCAUGUUGAUGCUGAGUUUCAACUGCCUAAGAGUCCUGAACCAGAUACCUGGAUGUUAAUGUUGGGCAAGGACCAGGAACUAGGUCUCAACAUUUCUGUCUCAAAUCAUCGGGAAUCUGCUUACGAAACACAGCUGUUUGUUUCUCAUCCAGCUAGCAUAGGCUAUAUUGGACGAAAAGUAGAGGGCAACAAGCAACUAAGCUGUAACCCCUUCAACAAUACUCUUGUGGUUUGUGCCAUAGGCAAUCCAUUUAAUAAGGGUAGCCUGGCAAACUUGUUGCUCCGUUUCAAUCCAAAGCACCUAGAUGACACUCAGACCAUGCUCGAGUUUAUUGUAUUUGCAAACUCAACAUCUCAGGAGGUGGAAAAAAAGGAUCCCCUACAUUUGAUGGCAGCUGUUGUUAAAAGGGCAGAACUCCAGAUCACAGGGUCAGCACGUCCUGAGCAAGUUUUCUAUGCUGGAGAGGUGAAGGGUGAAUCAGCCAUAAAGUACUAUGAUGAGGUCGGUUCACGAAUAUUACAUACAUAUCAAGUGUUCAACAAGGGACCAUGGAGAGUUGCGACUGUAGACAUUCAUUUCGAGUGGCCUUACCAAGUUGCCAAUAAUAAGCGGGAUGGAAAAUGGCUUCUUUACCUGGCAGGUGUUCCUGAAGUUGAAUCUCAAGGUGGAGGAAGUUGCACUAUAAAGAAGGAUCUUGUCAACCCCCUGGGUUUUGAAAAUAGGCCAGGCCUUGAUGAGACUCCUUUGGAUGAAGUAGCUCCACAAGGUGGUAAUUCAUAUUCAAGUGAAACAAACAGGUCUGAUGAUUUCCCUCACAGACGUAGAAGAAGAGAACAAGAAAUGAUUGUCCGUCCAGAGGCAUAUACUGACAAGGAGGGGAGAAAACACCAAGUGGUGUACAUGAAUUGUCUUCUUGGUACAGCUAAGUGUUUUAAAUUUGUUUGUAGUGUUCACAACUUGUUAGCUUCCCAAGCUGCUACUGUUAGAAUAAGAGCUCGUCUAUGGAAUGCUACUUUGGUGGAAGACUAUCCUAAAGUUAGUUUUGUUGAAAUUAGCUCUCGAGCAAAGAUACACAUUCCACCAUCGCAUGCAAUUCAACAGGAUACGUCAGAUGAUGAGACAAUGGUUUCAACAGUGGCUUAUCCUGAGCUGCUGGAUCAGCAAGAAGCAGAGCAGGUGCCAAUAUGGAUCAUUGUUGUGGCUGUUGUAGCCGGACUAGUCUUACUCAUUCUUCUCACUUACGUACUAUGGAAAUUUGGAUUCUUCAAAAGGCAGCGACCCGACCCUACUCUCUCCGGAAACAUUGAGAAACCCAGAAGUGACAACAGUGAUCUCGACUACUAGUCUCAUCAAUUUGUUUUAUGCUCCCUGAUGAGCCAUUCUCCAUUGGGUAGGGUCCACUUAAUGAAGUGGUGUUGCAAUGCCUAAAAUAUGUGGUAUCAUUUUUGUGUUGCCUGAAAAAACUUAAAAACAACCUGGAAUUCAGAUUUAACUCAAUGGAUUUUGACAUUUUCUUUGUUGUCUCUAUGUGGGACUUUCAAAAGAAGGACUGUCCAGAGGUCAUCCGUAAAUAUAUUUUUUGAAAAAUAGACAUUAGCCCACUUACUCAUUUACUGUUCUUAAAUUUUAUUCGAACAAAAAUGUGUUUGAGACUAACUUAAAUUACUUAAAAACAUAGGUGAAGCUGCUAGGAGGUUCGUGGAUAUGACGUAUGUGUAAUGAGAUUUUGUAACUACACAGUAUCUCUUCUACCCAGGUAGUAAAGAAAGUCCUUCAUAAAUUCAAGAGAUACUGUAUUUGAGAAACUUUAAAUUAAGUUUGAGAACUCUGUGAGGAUGUCGAAGAGGACCUGACAUGACUGUAAAGUGAGUCAGUAAAUAGCAAAAAAAAAAAAGGAUGUCUUUUAAAUUGUUGCAGAGCAAUGUGUAGUUCCUGCUGUUAGUCAAGUUGUUUGUUUUUAACUACCCAACAACAGCAAAUUUAUCAAAAAAAAUGUAUUUUUAUAAAUGUUUUAUUGUAAAUUGUAUAAAGAUGAGAAAUUUUGGAGAUUUGUUUAGAGCACAAGCCCACACAAGCCCUGUUUUAGUUUUGUCUUACCAAAGUGCAAAGCAACAUGUUGAAUUUAACAUGACCCAGUUAUGGUGAAGAUCAUUAUUUAUGUUAGGCAGAGUACUUAAUGUCUCUGGAUACUACCAGCCACUGCCUUUAAUGAAUUGCUUCUCAAAUUGUUUCUUAAGCCUUAUUUAUGUGCUUUCUCUCGAACAGAGGAAGAAAUUAACUUUUUAAGUGUAUAAAUAGUCGUGGCAUGUAAGCUUUUGUGCGUGGAUGUACUUGUUUGUGUGAAAAGCUGUCUCUGUAUUGUAAGUUGUUGUUGGGAUGUUAUGAUUUAUAUGACCAAGCGUGGAUGAUUACCUUUUAUUGUUGUUGCAGUGCAAGACUGUGAUUUGUUAGUUAUGCACUUUCUUACUGUUGAAUUUUUCUUUUGUACAUAUAAGUGAUAUUUUGUCUGUUAGAAUGAUAUUGUGUAUAAGUGAAAUUUCAAGAGUGCGAGUUUGUUUUGUUUCUUUUGUGUAGAAGUGUAGAUAUUUAUAACGCUCAGUCCAUAAAAAUAAACAAAGGGAACGUAAAUUCCCUUUAUUGGCUCUAUGCUUCCUGAACUGUUACAAAAUAUUUUUAUUACUGCCUGCUGAAAGAAUAUGUGUAAAUAAGUACCAAAGUGUUAUAGAUGUAGUGUCCAUGAGUCAUUGUCUAAUCUCAUUCAUUGGUUGCCUUACUGUAACUGUUGUAGAGUGAACACACCUGGGGUUUUCAUAUUGUAAAUUAAUGAUGUACUGUAAAUAAACUUUAAACAUUGUGUGCAUGGCAUGCUGUGUGUUCAAAAAGGCCCACUAUGUGUGCCAUUGUGAUAUGGUGCUAAGAUUUUAUCUUUAGGAUCCUGCCUCUUAAGAUUUAUGUACAUAAUUAAAAUGUUGUAAUCCAACAUAUAAUUUAUAUAUGUGUACAUGACAUGGCUACUGUUUAGCAUGUAAAAAGGUAAAUAUCUGGUAGUCAUUGAUUAUUAUGCAUUAUGCGUAAUUUAGUUGAAGCUGAGUUUUUUUUUUAAUUGUUCCAUCUGAUGAAGUUUUCUGUAGGUGCUAUUUCAUUCAUUACCCCUUUGUUGUCAUUCAUUAACAUUCCAAAUGUGACUUAAUUAUGAGUAUUUUUGCUGUUCAAUCAAUUGCCAUUGCAGCUAUGAACUUAGCUGGAUAAUUUUCAUAAAGUACUUCUAGCUACUUUAAAAAAAUUCGUGCUGAAUAGCUGAGCUAGAAAGUAUCCUUUUGGGUCACAUAAAGCAGAGGAUGUUUCUGACCAAGUUCAAUUGAGACAAUGAGUUUUUAAAACCUUCUUUUUUACUGUGAACAAUAAAUUGUUACAAAUAUGAGUGUC